UUAAACUAGUACAGAUAUACAUUUAGUUUCCUUCAUCAACCAGAGCCAUGACUGCUGCUGGAAUCACUAGGCUUCCGCGAAAAUCACCGCAGAUUAGGUUGCAGCUGCAUGAAGUGGGACGUUGGAUGAGCAAGCUUGCUGGGGUGAAGGAGAGAUACGGAUCGGAGAAGAAGAAAUCAUGUUGGUGGGUACCUCACCCUAGGACAGGGAUAUAUUUCCCACAAGGUCACGAAAGAGUGAUUGAUGACAUACCAAAUGGUGCUGCCUCUCUUACUCAAACGUAUUGGCUUCGGAGCGAGGACGGUGUUGACAAACCUCAAUCUGAUUUUCCCAUCAGCCAUAAUAUUACUUAUAGGCAAUAUUACUCAUGAAAUCAGGGGCCAAUAUUGUAUCAUAUACAGUAACACUUUGCAUAUGCACUAAAACAUGGGAUCUACUAAAUAUGUACAUUCCAUAAAUGGAUUGUGACCCUGAUAGCAUAAAUAAAUUGGAUUGUGGGUUCAGUCCUAAACGAGGAAAUCCAUAACUUUGAAUCCUGAACUGCUUUUACAGGAAAUGCAAUAUAUAUAGCAUAGCUUGUACUGAAAGUUGAAAUUGUUAAUUUAACUAGGUAUUAGGAGUACUAAAGUUUGGAAUCGUUCCCUAGUAAAUAACUGGCUUCUUCA